GGAAAAAGGUCCUGGAAGAAAGCCAGGAGAAGGAAAGAAGACGAAGUCUGUUUCCUCGGCUCCAAAGGAAUGUGUCCAAAAGAAGGAGCUUCUUCAUCAGACAGUCGCCUAAGUGGUCGGUGGAUCACAGGGUCUACAGAGCACGAUGUUAUCUUUCCAACAGAAGCAACCACGGUGGAAUAUACAACAGGAUAUACAGGAGUAGUCACUGGGACCAACCCAAGAGGAACAGAAACUGGUUUGGCUGUGAGGCUGGUGAAUGGAGGCAAUCGAUGUCAGGGCCGUGUGGAGAUCCUGUACCAGGGCUCCUGGGGCACUGUGUGUGAUGACAGCUGGGACACCAAUGAUGCCAACGUGGUCUGCAGGCAGCUGGGCUGUGGCUGGGCUGUGUCUGCUCCGGGCAGUGCCUAUUUUGGUCAGGGUACAGGGUCCAUUGUCCUGGAUGAUGUCGCCUGCUCAGGACAUGAGUCCUACCUGUGGAGCUGUUCCCACCGAGGCUGGCUCUCCCAUAACUGUGGACACCAGGAGGAUGCUGGAGUCAUCUGCUCAGCUGGUCAAACCCUGCCCCCAACCAUAGCAGAUACAUGGCCUACUUCCGAGACAGUGAUUCCAACAGGAACCGAUUAUGGGUUGGCCCUGAGGCUGGUGAAUGGAGUUGAUCGGUGUGAGGGCCGUGUCGAGGUCCUGUAUGGAGGCUCCUGGGGCACCGUGUGUGAUGACAACUGGGACAUCAAUGAUGCCAAUGUGGUCUGCAGGCAGCUGGGCUGUGGCUGGGCCGUGGCUGCCCUAGGAAGUGGCCGGUUUGGUCAGGGCUCAGGAGCCAUUGUCCUGGAUGACGUGGCCUGCCGAGGAUAUGAGUACUCCCUGUGGAACUGUCCCCACCCUGGCUGGCUUGUCCAUAACUGUGGACACAAUGAAGAUGCAGGCGUCAUCUGCUCAUAUUCAGUAGGAAGUCACUCUUCAACACCAGAUUGGUGGACUCCAACAGCUCCAGAAACUACAACUUGGACUCCUGGCAUCACCUACCCAAACCCCAAUGCAAACUAUUCCUGUGGAGGUUUCUUGACCCAACCCUUUGGGAACUUUUCUAGCCCAUUCUAUCCUGCAAACUAUCCUAACUAUGCCAGAUGUGUGUGGAAUAUCCGGGUCGCAUACAACUACCGUGUGACUGUCGUCUUCACUGAUGUACAGCUCGAAAGCGGCUGCAGCUUUGAUUAUAUUGAAGUUUUUGAUGGCCCCUACCUCAGUUCCCCUCUGAUUGUUCGAGUUUGUAAUGGAGGCAGGGGCUCCUACACAUCGACGUCCAACUCCAUGACGAUUCGCUUCAUCACUGAUGGCAGCGUGACGCGGACAGGGUUCCAGGCUGAGUACUACUCGAGCUAUGCUAACUACACCACCACUACUCCGUCGACUCUCCCUCCAAGUUCAGCUUGGACUCCUGACAUCACCUACCCAAACCCCAAUGCAAAUAAUUCCUGUGGGGAUUUCCUGACCCAAUCAUCUGGGCAAUUUUCUAGCCCAUUCUACCCUGCAAACUAUCCUAACAAUGCCAGAUGUGUGUGGAAUAUCCAGGUUCCAAACAACUACCGUGUGACUGUGGUCUUCAGAGAUGUGCAGCUUGAAGGCGGUUGCAACUACGAUUACAUCCAGGUUUUCGAUGGUCCCUACAAAAGUUCCCCUCUCAUUGCUCGGGUUUGUGAUGGAGCCAGAGGAUCCUUCACCUCAACAUCGAACUUCAUGUCGAUUCGUUUCAUCACUGAUGGCAGUGUGACACGGAGAGGGUUCCAGGCUGAGUACUACUCGAUCUAUGCCAAUGACACCACUAGUCUCCUCUGUUUGCCGAACCACAUGCGAGCCAGCGUGAGCAGGAGCUAUCUCCAGGCCUUGGGCUAUUCUGCCUGGAGCCUUGUCAUCCCUAACUGGAACUGGAACUACCAGUGUCGGCCCCAGAUAACACAGGAGCAGGUGACAUUCACAAUUCCCUACACUGGCUGUGGCACCACCAAGCAGGCAGACAAUGACACCAUCAAUUAUUCCAACAUCCUCAGAGCAGCUGUUUCUAAUGGCGUCAUCAAAAGGAAAAAGGACCUUCACAUCCAUGUCAGCUGCAAGAUGCUCCAGGACACCUGGGUCAACACCAUGUACAUUACCAAUGACACCAUCAAGAUCCAGGAAGUCCAGUACGGCAAAUUUGACUUGAACAUUUCCUUCUAUACAUCCUCCUCCUUCCGGUAUCCCGUGACCAGCAGUCCAUACUACGUGGACCUGAACCAGAAUUUGUACCUUCAAGCUGAAAUCCUCCAUUCCGAUGCCUCGCUGGCCUUAUUUGUGGAUACCUGUGUGGCUUCACCAUACCCCAAUGACUUCUCAUCUUUGACUUAUGAUCUCAUCCGGAGUGGGUGCGUAAGAGAUGAAACCUACCGACCCUACUCUCAGCCGUCACCACGCAUUGCUCGCUUUAAAUUCAAUUCCUUCCACUUCCUGAACCGUUUUCCCUCAGUGUACCUGCAGUGUAAGAUGGUGGUGUGCAAAGCCUACGAUUACUCUUCCCGGUGUUAUAGAGGCUGCGUGACAAGGUCCAAGAGGGCUGUGGGCUCCUACCAGGAGAAGGUGGAUGUUGUACUGGGACCCAUCCAGCUGCAACCCCCUAACAAAGUCAAGAAGAGCUUGGACUUGGCAGUGGAGGAUGUGGAGAAGCCAGCCAGCUCCCAGGGGGUCUAUCCCAGCGUUGCCAUCUUUGCGGGGGUCUUCGUGGCCAUUGUCCUGGCAGUAGCAGCCUUUACACUGGGGAGGAGAACACGCACAGCCCAUGGCCAACCUCUGAGCACUAAGAUGUGAAAUGAAACUGACGGGACGUUGGUUUCACGUGCUCAGAUUCCCAGAGAAGGUGGAAGACGUGAGGGUGUAGCACUUGACACCCAGCUACGUGUUGUGACUUAGCUUCUCUUAGCACAAAUGUUUGGCAGGGUGUGAGGAGGUGGCAGUGAAGAAAGACAGGGGUCGUUUUUCCAAGAUCUACAGGCUCAAGUCUGGGAAGAAUGUCAUAGGAAAAUGGAGCCACUGUCUACAAUCCCACAUGCAGCUGGGAGCCAAACACGCGUAGCAGCAGAGCUUGGCCUAGAUAGAAUCUUCUUUCUGACUUGUCUAACUUACUUUCUUGGCCUGCGGUGUCAACCUCAAUUUUCCUUGUGAUAGAGCAAGCUAAAUAAAGGAUCUUUCUCAAAGCAAA